AUGACUAUCUCAGAUGAUGCUCCAAUUACUAUGAAGAUUAAAUCAUCCUUACAAAAGAGUGAACGGCCGAGGUGGCUAUUAAACGAUAAUCUGAUUCGAGACGAAGAGGUGGCUAGUAGGGUGGAAGCUGAUCUCAAACAAUUUUUUACUAUAAAUGAUACAGAGGGGAUAUCAAGCGCAACUCUUUGGGAGACACAUAAAGCGUACAUUAGAGGGAUAUUAAUUGCUGAGAAUGCCAGGGAAAAAAAAGAGAGAAAAAGGAAGGCUGAGACCCUGACCAAAGAUAUAGCAAUCUUAGAACGUAAACAUAAAGAACAGGGACUAAAAGAGACCUAUCACAACUUAAUUCUAAAAAGAGACGCGCUCAAGGAGAUCAUGGAUUUAGAAGCGAGGAAAAAACUUAAUUGCAUAGCUAGAGAGAGACUUUGCUGCCAGCAUCCUGCACCUGACCUUUUUGCCUGUGACCCGGAUUACCUCCAGUCUCCAACAAUAUCCAGUCAUGAAGGCCUUCUGCAGAUGUCAAAUUUUGUUUUCCAUCCAUCCCAAGUGACGCUUGUCCUGGAAACAUUAGGAACUGUGAUCAAUAAUUCUGAGCAAUUAAAGUUUAACGUGGAUGAUGUAAAAAAUGUUAUAUCCAUUGCCAGCAAGCUGGUCAGUAAGAACUCAUCGGCAAUCAAUAAAUUCCAGUUAAAUAAAGAUCUUGGUGCACAACUGCUGAACCAUAUUGAGAAUGUCUUUUCCAACAUGAAAGUUACGAACCAAUCAUUCAAUAUAUCCCAUGGCAACAUGGAAGUACAAUGCUUCGCAUUAACAUGUGAUGCUUUUAACCAUGAAGCUUCUAUAAUGCUCAGCUCAGAGGCUUCUAUAAUGCUGCCUCAACCCAAAAAAGCAUGGGGUUUUCCCCAGAAAUGUUUGGCCAAUGUGUUAGUCAUGACUUCCCAGCUACAGAAUGAAACCUUCAGCAGUCAAUAUGGUGAUGGAGAAGACACAGGUCUAGCGUACAAAUUGUUUCCUGACAUAGUUACAAUCGUUAUGCUCUUCAAUAGCACCAGAAAUCCCAAUGCCAAUGUCAAUUUGACCUUCAAGUGUGAUGCAUGUAACCAGGCUGCUUUGUGCGUAUUCUGGGAUUUUCGCCAUAGUCGAUGGUCGUCAGAGGGGUGCCACACCCAGGUGACCAGUGGAAUCACCAACUGCUUCUGCAGGCAUCUGUCCUCCUUCUCUGUACUCAUGUCAAGUGCUGGACCACCCUCUGAUAGCACACACUCGAACAUUCUAGAUCACAUCACCACGGCUGGGCUUAUCAUCUCCAUCAUUUGUCUUCUUCAAUGUAUUUUAUUCUACGCCAUCCUUAUCAAUCAAACCGGAGCUUCAGUGAUGGCCUCCUAUCAGCAAUACGCUGUUUUGCACAUGUCCGUUUUUCUGCUUAUAAGUAACUUUUUCUUUUUUGGACUGAGUUACGUCACACCAAAAGACCAACCCAAAUUUUGUAUAGCGAUCACUUUUGGUCUUCAUUACUCCUUGCUGGGGUUUUUCUGCUGGACCUUGGUGAAGGGAGUUGCUGUGGCAUGCCGAUUAGUGUUCACAUUCUACUUCAUUACAAGGAAACAGUAUCUGGUUCUCUCCAUUUUGUUGGGAUACCUGUGCCCAGUGGUCAUAGCCGUGGCAACUUUCCUGGCGUUUUAUCCAAAUAGAUACAUGCAGGAUGAACGCUGCUGGUUGGAGUACAGGUCUGGUGCAAUGAUGGCCUUUAUUGUCCCAGCAAUAAUCGUUAUGAGUGGAAAUUUCCUGGUUCUUGUGGUUGUGAUUCGAACAUUCUUGAGAUCACCUAUCUCUGAUGGGAGAAAAAGGGAUCAGGAAGUGGUCAGAAAGUUGAUGAAGGCUGUUUUGUUCUGCAUUCCUCAGUUUGGACUGACGUGGGCUGUUGGAAUCCUUCUGUUUAUAGAGGGGCAGAAUAUGAUACUGCACUAUAUGUUUGCUGUGCUUAAUCCUCUGCAAGUAAGUGGAAAGUAAAUUCAUACUAAAAUGCUCAUCAAUAUGCUUGCUAUAAUCGUUUGAAGGAAAUUACCGUUUUAUAAAA